AUGCCUGCAGUACAUCAAGGUAAAAUUCUAGUAAGCGGUGGUAGUGGCUUCGUUGGCUCACAUGUAUGCCAUGCGCUCCUCAUCGCCGGAUUCCACGUGCGCACGACUGUGAGAAGCACCGCGAAAGGUGAUUAUCUCGUGCGUAAGCUGAAUGAGGUCAGUGGCGGUGGCGGUAAAUUUGAGUAUGUGAUAGUCGAGGAUAUCGAAGCACCCGAUGCGUUCGACGAGGCUGUUAAGGGAGUGGAUGGAAUCAUGCACACGGCUUCACCAUUCCAUUUCAACGCAGAGGAUCCAGACGAGCUUAUCAAACCAGCUGUAGAGGGUACAGUGAACAUCCUGCGCAGCGCACAUAAGCACAACAAGUCAGUGCAGAGGGUAGUCAUCACUUCCUCCGUAGCUAGCGUUAUGAUGCCUCGUGAUACUCCUACGGUGUACAAUGAGGAGUGGUGGAACGAGCACUCACCUGCACAAGUCAACGAGAAAGGUCGCGAGGCUUCAAGACUCGACUUUUACAUGGCUUCAAAGACUCUAGCUGAGCGUGCUUCUUGGGAUUUCAUCGAUAAGGAGAAGCCUUCAUUCGAUUUAGCGACAAUAGCACCACCACUCAUUCUCGGUCCUUGCAUUCACGACAUUCCCUCAGAAGACAAGCUCAACACUAGUAUUUCUCGUUUCUACCAACUCUUUAGUGGUGAACUCAAGGAUGCGAAUGGUGAUAAACUCAUCGAACCAAUGUCCAAUGUUGUCGAUGUGAGGGAUGUUGCUAACACACACGUUCUCGCAAUGACUGUUCCUCGUGCCGGUGGAGAGCGCUUCAUCAGUGCUAGCGACAGAGCUAUGGUGACCAAUCAAGAUUUCGUCGAUGCAUUACACGAGCGUCUUGGUGACAACGAAACAGUCAAGAAGAAUGUACCUGUUGGUGAAAAAGGCAAGGGAAAGUCUAUACACAGACACAGAUUCGCAAAUGAUAAAGCAAAAACAGUGCUAGCACAAACUUUCUUUUCGCAGGAGCAAACUGCAGUUGACACCUUCUUAUCAUUAGAAGAGUACGCAAAGCAGUGGUAG